CUCAAAGCUCAGUUCGGUCCUAGACAACAGGUCCGCGCGUCAUUCGUCUUUUCGCGUCAUUCACAACACUGAAGUAGAGCUCUUAAAUCUUUAGUUUUAUGGAAAGGAUGCGACGAACAAGGAGUUGCCGGGGCAAGCCUGGGACAGAUCCAGACAGUGAAGCCUCAGAGGCGAAGACAAUUUGGCAGUGGAAGGGGGAUGAUGGAAAGUGGGAACCAUAUCCUCCAGAAGUCUGUGUCCAGCUGGAUACAGCGAAGCAGGCCGGUGAAACGUUGGUGUCACUGGUGCUCGGAUCUGGUUAUGAAGUGGAUCUUGUGAAAAUGACUCAGACCAAUACAGUCACCAAGUACAAACGAAAAAUACGCCUUCAGAAAGUGAAGUCAGAAGAUCCAAAGAUAGGGAAAGAUUUUAAUGGCAAAAAGGGAGCUGCAGGCGUUGUUCAGAUAAAAGAAGAGAAAGAGGACGAAGAGGAGCAACCAGUUUCCAAGAAGAGACGCAAUGAAGGGAGGAAUCAAAGUCAGAGAGCAGAAAAAGCCAAGCCCAUUGUAAAAAACGAAAGUGAAGGAGAGGUUGUGAAGACAGUGCUUAUGAAAGGCAAAGCCCCAGUUGAUCCAGAAUGCAAGGCUAAGAUUGGAAAGGCCCACAUCUACAGUGAGGGGGCUGAUGUAUAUGAUGUCCUGCUGAAUCAGACUAAUCUUCAGUUCAACAACAAUAAAUAUUACCUGAUUCAGCUGCUUCAGGACGAUAAUGCCAAAGCCUACAGUGUGUGGAUGAGGUGGGGACGAGUGGGUAAAGUAGGACAGAACAGCUUGGUUAACUGUGGAGGGAAUCUUGCUCAAGCCAAAGACACCUUCAAAAAGAAAUUCUUCGACAAGACUAACAAUGAGUGGGAGCAUCGAGCUAAUUUCGAGAAAGUUACAGGGAAAUAUGACAUGGUAUUUGUAGACUACAGCACUGAAGACAAGGAUAAGGACAAGGCUGUGGUAUCCUCUCCUCCUCAUAUAAAGCCCUGCCAACUGAACAGCAAGGUCCAGUCUCUCCUAGAGCUUAUAUGUGACCUCAAAGCCAUGGAAGAGUGUGUGCUAGAAAUGAAGUUUGACACCAAAAAAGCCCCACUCGGAAAAUUAACAACAGAUCAAAUUCGAGCUGGCUAUGCCUCAUUGAAGAAGAUAGAGGAGUGUUUAAAGAAAAAGAAUAGCAAUAAGGAACUCUUGGAUGCAUGCAACCAGUUUUACACUCGUAUCCCCCAUGACUUUGGGUUACGGACACCCCCCAUAAUACGCACAGAGGAAGAGCUAAAGGAGAAAAUCGCUUUGCUUGAGACUCUAAGUGACAUCCAGAUAGCAGUGAAAAUGGUUCAGUCUAGUGUUCAGAACGAUGAGCAUCCUUUGGACAGACAGUAUCGCUCUUUACAGUGCCAAAUGCAGCCACUGGAUUCUAGCAGCCAUGAAUACAAGGUUAUAGACAAAUAUCUUCAGUCUACUCAUGCACCCACCCAUACUGAUUACACAAUGACCAUUUUGGACAUCUUUGCUCUGGAAAGAGAGGGCGAGAAGGACAACUUCUGCUCUGAGCUGGAAAACAAAAUGCUCCUGUGGCAUGGUUCUCGUGUGUCAAACUGGGUGGGGAUCCUAAGUCAGGGGCUGCAAGUGGCCCCUCCAGAGGCUCCUGUGACCGGAUACAUGUUUGGUAAGGGGAUCUAUUUUGCAGACAUGUCAUCUAAAAGUGCCAAUUACUGCUUUGCCAAUCAGAAGAACAACCAAGGGCUCCUGUUGCUGAGCGAGGUUGCCCUCGGGAAUAGUAAUGAACUUGUGGAUGCAGAUUACAGUGCAGACCAACUGCCUUGUGGGAAACAUAGCACAAAAGGCCUGGGGCAGACUGCGCCCGACCCAAACAACUAUGUUGCAUUGGAUGGUGUGACCAUACCCAUGGGGCCCUCAGUGAAGACCGGGGUGGGCCAGAAGGGAGGUUACACUCUCCUUUAUAACGAGUACAUUGUUUAUAACCCUGCUCAGAUACGGAUGAAGUACCUCCUUCGAGUUCAGUUUAAUUUCUCUUCGCUCUGGUGAGGCAGAGGGGAUCCUUUCCAUUUAGAACAGUUUUUAGAGUCUGAGGUGAAGGACCUACACUAUAUUUACACAGUAUGUAACUAAAUGAAAUAGAGACUCAAGCAUAUUGCUGUCAACAGAAGUGCAUUUAAUUUAGAUAAUAAGUGGAUUACAGUGAAUCAAUUAACUAUUUGUUGCCUGUACAUUUAUGCAACAAAUUUGAUGUGGAAAUACUGGGUCUUGUAGCAAGUAAUAUUGCAACAGAUGUUAUCACUGUUUGUGGAGUUCACUUCAUAGAUGUUAGAUUAACAAGUGAACAGAUCUAAAUGUUUGCAUGAAUGAAUGCAUUUGUUUUAGACAGGCUAUCGUUGGUUUUAUAUCCUCGGACUAACUUGGUAACAUGUCUACAUUUUUGUAAACACUUACCAGUUUUCAAAAAGGUUCAUAUGAAUCCAACACGCAGAAAAAAAAACCCAGGCUGGUCUAGAAAAACUGGUACAGUUAGUACCAGUACAGCUUUUAAAUAUGUGGUUUAUUUUAAGAUCCACUGCGGCUGUUUUGCGAACACAAUGAGAAACCAGACUUCUUUCUUCCCAAUGGAAAGCAUAUUCACACUGUCUGAAUCGUUCCAUAUCCCCAUAUAGUGUACUACAUGCCAUUCAGCAUACAGAAAAUACUAAUUAUGUGAAUGAAGUGACCUAUUUAAGCAGCAGUUUCAGCAUCUAUUUAUAAUGUAGGGGACUGGACUCUUCAGAUUCUAGAGAGCAUUUAAUUGGAACGAAUGUUUGACGAGUUGCUUAAGUGCAGGGUGAUGUCAUCAAAAUCAUUGAUCCAUAUCAGGGGAAGUUAGAGACUGUAAGUUUUGAAUGCUUAUAUCUUCUAAAUGCUAAUUUUGUCAUUGUUUUGAAGCGCACGAUAUGAUUAUCUGCAAAAAAAAAAAAAAGAAACUAAUAGCAAAUUUAAUUGCUGCAAUUUGUUUGUCUCAGUUCUCCUGGUGAAGAUUUCGUUGCAGAAUCUCGAGUCAAGCAUUUUUCCAGGAAUUGGGGGUGGUUUCAAAAUAAUGUGGACUGAUGGCUUCAAUAAAAGCAUAUACCUCUGAUUGAUGAAUGUUCAAAAUCAAUUCCCCUAUAGAGAAAAUUAAUCUGAUUUUCAUUUCUGGAACCUGACUCUAUUUUGCCACUCUAUUUUGAUAGAAAUGUUCAUCAUCUCCUAACUGUAGGUGACUUUUCUGGGUUGCAGUAAUGUUCAUUUAAUUCACAGCAUGAAGACAUAUUAGUACAAAGAGACUCACCAGUCCCAGCAGGUUCAAAGGAUGUGUGCGACUGAAUGCGGAGAACACAGCAAGACAUGUGCCCACCACUGCAAAGAUAAUGUAUGAACUGAGGUACCCCCAAAAGUUACCCUGAACUGCUGUCUUGACUGUCUUUGAGAUGGUGAACACACAGACUACAGUGAACGCGAUGAGUAACUGAAAUUGUUACCACACUGAACACCUGCAUGGGUGGAAAGAGAGAUGGAAACAACAAUGAAGACCAGCACUCAUUGCAAUUAUGAUGACUUUCUGAUAAAUGCUUUCCGAACGGUAUCAUCAAUCAAAUGACGACACAAUCAUCUGAUGUUCCUCAGGUGGAAAUACAGCUAUGUUAAAGAAGAAAGAUACGAUUGUGAUGACAUUCAAGUCAAUAUAUGGUUAUUUCUCAAACAUUGCUCAGAUUGUUUUGUCUUUAUUAAGUAAAUGUUACAUGGAUCUUGCAAACAG